AUGAGCAAGCAGGUAUAUCAGCCGGGUUCACUGAUUUGGGUAAGCCAGAAGAUCUUUCCAACCAGCCGUGGGGUUGGUGGAUUUCCAAAGGGAAAUCUCCCCAUCUCGAAGGAAGUGAAUCGCAAGAAAAGUGAGGAGGAGGGGGCGUGCCUGGCUUCAGCAAGUGGCUAUGGACAGCAUUUUACCAAAAUCAAAUACCUCUACUCUCUUUAA